UUGACAAUUCAUUGAUAGAAAAACAAAAAUGCUUAAAUAUUAGCUAGAAAUAAUUAAAAUGAGCGGUUUAAUAACAAAAGUACGUAGAUUGCCGGUGCAAUUUCCUUUAAUACGUGGCAUGGUGUCAUACGCUAUUAUAUGGCCCACUUGCAGCAUUGUACAAGAAUAUUUGGAACAUGGUACAACUUUAGAAAAUGCUGACCGAAGUAGAGCAGCCAGAUUUGGUAUCUUUGGAACGUUUUUUAUGGCCCCAGUGUUUUACAAUUGGAUGAAAUACACGAGUAGAUUCUUUAAGGGAAAAACUCUGAGUACGGCUAUAACUAGAGCUGUUAUUGAACAAGUUUCAUAUUCUCCCUUAGCUAUGGCUUAUUUCUUUUUCGGUAUGAGUGCGUUAGAAGGGAAAUCUUUUAAUGAAUGCGUGGACGAAGUGAGAGAGAAAUUCUGGCCGACGUAUAAGAUUGGCGCCCUCUUUUGGCCGACGGCGCAAACGAUUAAUUUCUAUUUUGUAUCAGAGAAGAAUCGUAUUGUUUUUGUCAGCGCUGCUAGCUUCGUUUGGACUGUUUAUUUAGCACAUGUGAAGUCUAGAAAUAAAUUUAUUGAACCUGUUAUUGAAGAAAUUGAUUUGAGUGAAGAAGUAAUUGUACAACAGAAAACCCAACAACGACAACAAAUACAACAAAAUAUUACAACUCACGCCCGGAACCCAGAGGGGUAGGUAGACCAGGACUUCCAUUUAGCAUGGUCCUGACACUCAUCUUCUUUAUUCGUUUACGAG